AUUCUCGCCAUAAUUUUGGUUAUACUUUUAAAACUUUGAUUCUUUAAGAAUCUUAGAAUAACUUAUAUUUUAUAUUUUAAGAUGUAGCAAGUAUCGACAAAUCUAGGAACACGCGUUUGAAUGAGAUAAUAGUAGUAGACUAUACAUUCGUUACCAACAACAAUGUUGGCUGCAACUGCAAUGUAGAUACUUGUUGGCGGGAGAAGACGACAGCCGUAAACUACGAAGAGAAACGCGCGUACCACUGGCACUAGAUGCCCGCCGGAUCGCGGUUGGAACUUGGAAUGGAGUAGAGGCGGAGACGGCGUCCAGCUCCCUCACCCGCCCGCGUCCUUCUUCAAUUCAACAGCACUCGCCACGCAUCCGCAUCCGCUCCACCUUUUUCUUCCGCGCGCUUUUGCUCCAUUUCCCUCACCCUCCCUGCCCCGUCUCCACGCCACGCCACGCGGAUGUCGGCGGUCGCCGCCGGGGCGCGCUUCUCCUCCUCCUGCUCCACCCGAUGACCCCGCGGCCGCGCCUCCUCCUCCUCCUCCUCCCGCUGCUCCAGCCCCUCGCCCUCCUCCUCGCCAUUGCCGUGCCAGCCGCCUGCGCCGCGUCCACGCUCGCCGUCUCGGCGUCCUCCGCCUCCCCGACCGUCUGCGGGGUCGCCGAGCUCAGCGGCACAGUCCACUGCGCGGCGCUCCAGGGCGCCUCCAUCUCCAACGCCUCGAGCGGCCCCGUCGCGCCGUCCGCCAUCGCGUUCGCGGAGCUCUCCGCGGGGCGGGGCUUCGUGUGCGGCCUGCAGGCGGGGGGCGCCGCGCUCUUCUGCUGGCCGUCCACGCCGGCGCCGCGCUGGGGGCAGCUCCGCCGGCUGUACGACGGGCCCGCCCCGCUCGCGGACCUCGCCGCCGGCGCCGACCACGUCGCGGCCUACGACGCCUCCGGCUCCGGCUCCGGGACCGUCCUGUGGUGGCGCGGCGGCGGCCGCUUCCCCGCGCGUGCCGACGGCGCGUUCCGCUCCCUCGUCUCCGGCGACGGCUUCUCCUGCGCCGUCGAGGCCAGCGCGCCCGCGGCCGUCCGCUGCUGGGGCCCGCGGGGCGGCGCGGUGCAGGCGGGCCUCGCCAACGCGUCCGCCGCGCCGUGCCUCGCGGCCGGGGGCGAUCGCGCCUGCGCCGUCCUGGCCUCCGGCACCGCGCUCUGCUCCGGUGCCCCCGCGGCCAACGCCUCCGCCGCCGCGCCGCCGGGGGACCUCUUCGGCUACGGCCUCGCCGUCGGCGACUCCCACGCUUGCGCGCUCCGUCGGCCCUACCACACCGCCGUCUGCUGGAGCCUCGGCGGGCCCACCACCACCCUGUACGAGCCGGCCCUGGGGAUCUCCUUCGAGUUCCUCGUCGCCGGCGGCAACUUCACGUGCGGCGUCGCGUCCAGCGACUUCAGCGUCUACUGCUGGUCCGUGGGCGCCGUGGCCGCGCCGGUGCCGCUGCCGAGGAUCCGCCCCGGCGUCUGCGUCGCCGACGACACCGCCUGCCGCGGGUGCGGCUUCAUGCCGCAGUCGCAGCAGUUCUGCGGGGGCUCCGGCGGGAUCUGCGACGCCCUCUGUGACGGUUCGCCGCCGCUGCCGCCUGCUCCCCCACCCCCUCCGCCGCGUACACCGCCGCCGUCGUCGAGUAGGCGCGUGUCCAAGGCCUGGAUCGCGUUCUGCGUGGUCGGCGCGGCGGGAGGCUUCGCGGGGCUCUGCUCCAUCGUCUACUGCCUCGUCUUCGGCUUCUGCAGCAACAAGCGGGUGCACAACUCGGUGCAGCCCAACAUCAGCGCCGCCGCCGACAACAACCACAACCACAACAGCGGCGUCGUGGGCGGGAGCCCGUACGGGUCGCCGAACGGGUCGCGGGCGCGCGGCCUGUUCCGGCGGCAGCUGUCGCGCGCGAUGACGCGGCAGCGCAGCGGGCCGUCGUCGUUCAAGGACGCCGCGGAGGAGUUCACCUUCGCGCAGCUGGAGGCGGCCACCAAGGGGUUCGCGCUGGAGGCCAGGAUCGGGGAAGGCAGCUUCGGCACCGUGUACCGGGGCAAGCUCUCCGACGGGCGGGAGGUGGCCAUCAAGCGCGGCGAGUGUGGGCCCCGCGCGCACCGGUUCCAGGAGAAGGAGAGCGCGUUCCGGUCGGAGCUGGCGUUCCUGUCCCGGCUCCACCACAAGCACCUCGUCGCCCUGGUGGGGUACUGCGAGGAGAACGAGGAGCGGCUGCUGGUGUACGAGUACAUGAAGAACGGCGCGCUCUACGACCACCUGCACCCCAAGGCCUCGGCGGCGCCGUCGCCGGUGGCGUCGUCGUGGAAGCUGCGCAUCAAGAUCCUGCUGGACGCGUCCCGCGGCAUCGAGUACCUGCACUCGUACGCCGUGCCGCCGAUCAUCCACCGCGACAUCAAGUCGUCCAACAUCCUGCUGGACGGCGGGUGGAUGGCGCGUGUGUCGGACUUCGGGCUGUCGCUGAUGGGGCCUCUGGAGCCAGCACCGUCGGAGGAUGACGCCGCCGCCGCCGCCUGGAGGUCACGGUCGCGGUCACGGUCGCAGCACCUGACGGUGGUGAAGGCCGCCGGCACGGUGGGGUACAUGGACCCGGAGUAUUACGGGCUGCACCACCUGACGGUGAAGAGCGACGUGUACGGGUUCGGCGUGGUGAUGCUGGAGUCGCUGACGGGGCGGCGCGCCAUCUUCAAGUCGGGGGAGGGCGGGAGCCCCGUGAGCGUGGUGGACUACGCGGUGCCCAGCAUCGCGGGCGGGGAGCUCGGGAAGGUGCUGGACCCGCGCGCGCCGGAGCCCGCGGCGCACGAGGCCGAGGCCGUGGAGCUGGUGGCGUACACCGCCGUGCACUGCGUCCGGCUGGAGGGCAAGGACCGCCCCGCCAUGGCCGACGUCGUGGCCAACCUGGAGACGGCAUUCGCGCUCUGCGAGGGGAGCGCCGGCGGCGGGGUCGGGGUCGGGAACAGCUCCUCCAGUGCUAGCCUCUCCGUCACGUCCAUGGACCGGUCGGGAGCCCUGGCCUGACCGCUUGACAAUGACUGGCGUGGCGGCCACCACCAUUGUUGGUAGGAGCGAGCUUGUCCCUCAGUCCCUGCUGUGAUUAGCAAUUAUUUUUUAGCCCGGGAACGGGAAAGAAGGAAGGGUGGUCAGAUUCGUUGCUUAGUUGGAUCUCUGAAUUCUUCUUGAUUCUUGUUCAUUCUUCAUUUGGGACGGGAGGACUCAGGACUGUGACCCAAGUUUUGUUCUUGGUGCAUGUACAUUGAUUGGUGAUUCUUCUUCCGUUCCAUUC